CCAUUAACAGCCCACAUGUGGCUGUUCCCUGAUUCUGCGGUGGCAGAACAUAUAAUGGCUGUUCCCAACCGGACCUGUUUCUUUUUGUUGCCAAUUUCCUCCGAGGCCGUCUUCCCCUCCUCUCUUCCCCUUCCUCUCCGGAAGGUCCUGACCUACAUCUCUACCGCCGGCCGUGCCUCCGCGUCACCGCCGACGCCCUCGAUCGUCCCCCCUCCCAACCCCCUCCGCCGUCUCCGUGCCCGUUCCUCCUCGUCGCGUCCCUGCUGUCUCCGCCCCGUCCGCGAUUUCGGGCAUUGGGGGGUUUUCAGUAAUUUCAGCUCUACCAUAAUCAUGAGUCUAGCUUGUCUCGUAUGCCAUGGCAUGAGCAGCCCUUCACAGUCUUUCAGAAGCUAUUCAGUCUCAAGCUCAGAGGAGGAAAACAGGUGUGGAGCUGCUGUUGCCUGCCUAUCGCGGAAAAUUUUGGCCGCAGGACCUGCUAACCGUGUGGGAACCUCAAAGGUGACACCUGUAAUGGCCACUGCACAAGGCAUCGAGGGUGCUCCUCGCCUUCAACGGAGCCGUGCUGUUUCAAGGGAUCUUGUCAGGGACUGGAACUUCGACGAGAUCGUUAUUGGGAACUAGAGUAGUAGGGUGCCAGCAGUUAUCCCCAGGCUGGACAUUGGAUUAUUAUCUGGCACGAGUUGAUGUACAUUUUCUAGUAUACAUCUGGAUAUCUAUGUACUAUAUUAGUACGCGCUCAAUCAAAGAGCAAAUUGUUUAAGAGUUACUGGUUACUACCUAUAGAGACUGCUCCUGGCUUGUUAUAUAAUUUGCCGAUUUGUGUAGUAAGCAACCAUUUUUCUGUUCCCGCGUCUGGAUGAUAAAUCGAAUCUACCAAGUCUAGAGAUAUUUUCAAAGCC